CAUCCAAAAACCAUUUCACUUAGACCAUAUGCCCAGCAUGAUCACUUCCAGUUUCACUCAUUUUCUUCUUUUAUUUCUCGUUCACUUAUUUUCUAAUGAAUUUAUAUCCCUCCAAGCAAGCGGAUUUGGUUCCCAUUCAACCAACUCCACAACUACUUGUUGGGAGAUGGAGAGAAACGCACUUCUCAAGUUCAAAGAAGGUCUCAAAGAUCCUUCAGGCCGGCUUUCUCCUUGGGUUGGCAAUUAUUGUUGUACAUGGCCAGGCGUUGGCUGCAACAGGCAAACGGGACAUGUCACGAAGCUUGACCUCAGGAUGCCCCUCGCCAACAGUUUUAAUUCUAUUAAGAUAGAUCCAGAAGCUUUUGGCUCUGCAUCCUUACAAGGUACGAUAAGUCCUUCAUUGCUUGAUCUGAAAUAUUUACACUACUUGGAUCUAAGCUGGAACAAUUUUGAACAAACUCCAAUCCCCAACUUCAUUGGUUCAUUCACCAAGUUAGAAUACCUUAAUCUCUCUUGUGCAUUUUUUAGUGGCUUGGUUCCUCCCCAUCUUGGAAAUUUGUCAAACUUGCGUUACCUUGAUCUCUCCUCUUUCGAUGAAGAUUAUGCUUUGGUUUCAGAUUAUGCUUUGGUUUCAGAUUAUGCUUUGGUUUCUGAUUUGAAUUGGAUCCUUGGACUCUCUUCGUUGAAAUUUCUCGGGAUAGAUAGGGCAAACCUUAGUUUUGCAUCAACCAAUUGGUUGCCAGCUAUAAACAUGCUUCCUUCCUUGAUGGAGUUACAUUUGUCUUCUUGUAGUCUCCAUGACAUCCCUACUUCUCUUCCAAUUGUGAACUUCAGUUCUAUUCAGGUCAUUGAUCUUUCAUGGAAUGAUUUCAAUUCACCAUUACCCGGCUGGUUGUUCAAUACCAGUUCCCUUGCUGUGCUUGAUUUGUCUUAUAAUGACUUUAGUGGACAAAUAGCUCCAUAUUUGGAAAAUCUUAAUAACAUGAGCGUUCUUGAUCUUGGUCAUAAUGAUCUCUCAGGUCCACUUCCAAUUUCUAUUGGAAACUUAUCAUCCUUAGAGAUUUUAUAUCUUUCUGCCAACCAAUUGAAUGGACCACUUCCAAUUUCUAUUGGAAACUUAUCAUCCUUAGAGAUUUUAUGUCUUUCUUCCAACCAAUUGAAUGGAACAAUUCCUGAAACCAUUGGACAAUUGAAAAUUUUGAGUAUUUUAGAUCUUACUAUUAAUAACUGGGAAGGUGUUGUGUCUAGAAUUCAUUUUCUCCACCUAAACAAUAUGAAGUCAUUUUUCUUAUCCACCGUCAAAGAAAAGCCACUAAGAUUUGAUGCGGGAUAUGAUUGGAUUCCUCCUUUCAGUCUAUAUGAAAUCCUCAUUGGUAAUUGUCAGAUGAAUCCCAAAUUUCCUAUAUGGCUCCAAACUCAGAAAGAGCUGCAGAUUGUUCACCUUACUAAUGUUGGAAUUUCAAGUUAUGUACCUGAUUGGUUCUGGAAACUGAGUCCACAACUUAGAAUGUUAUCUCUUAAUGCUAACAACUUGAGUGGAGAGCUUCCAAGGUCAUUAAAAUUUCCAUCAGAUUCUACUGUAGACCUCAGUUCCAAUUUAUUUGAGGGACCAAUUCCACUAUUUUCUGGUGUCGAUCAACUCAAUUUGCAAAAGAACUCACUCUCAGGACCAAUUCCAGCAAAUUUUGCCGAUGCCAUGCCAUAUUUAGGAUGUCUGGUUCUUUCUGAGAACCACUUCAAUGGUAGCAUUCCUUCUUCAAUAAAUAAGUUGGAGCACUUGAGACUUCUAUUGCUAGAAAAUAAUGAACUUUCUGGAAAGAUUCCUUCAAUGAAUAGAUUGAACAAAUUGCAGACAUUAGACCUUUCAAAUAACAAUUUAUUUGACAACAUUCCAAGCUCCUUGUGCUCACAGUCUCCUCUUAGACUUAGUUAUUUGAAAUUGAAUGGCAACAAUCUUUAUGGAAAUCUUUCAUCCUUGGAAAACUGCACAGAGUUGGGGACACUUGGUCUUGCAAAUAAUCAGCUCCAUGGAGUCAUUCCAAGAUGGAUUGGAGAAACUCUAUCUGGUCUAUCGAUACUACAGUUACGAGGAAACAUGUUUAGGGGAAAGAUACCAAAAAGUUUGUGCAGUCUUCCUUUUCUCCAUGUUAUGGAUUUAGGGCAGAAUAAUCUUUCAGGAUCAAUUCCACCAUGUCUAGGCAAUUUAAGUGGGCUGUAUCACCCACAAAAUGGCACUAUUGGAUCUGUUGCUGAGCUUUUUGAACUUGACAUUUUUAAUGUUAGUAAGGGUACUAAUCUUACAGCGAAAUUGCCCUACUUUGAGCAAAUUGCGGACAUGGAAUUUAAUGUUAAAGGACAAACACUUAAAUUUGUCAAGAUUGUUGAUCUUGUGAAUUUGAUAGAUUUAUCAAGUAAUAAUCUUGAAGGGGAAAUUCCGGAAGAGAUAAUGAAGCUUUCUGCCUUGGGUACAUUGAACUUAUCUCGGAAUCAGUUAACAGGAAACAUCCCUGAGAAGAUUGCAGACUUGCGGCUGUUAGAAACUCUUGACCUCUCAGUCAACCAUCUUUUAGGCCCUAUUCCAGCAAGCAUGUCGUCUAUGACCUUCUUGAGCCAUCUGAAUUUGUCUUAUAAUGAUCUAUCCGGACCAAUCCCAUCAGCAAACCAAUUCCAAACCUUCAUUGAUCCAUCCAUUUAUGAAGGAAAUCCAAAACUUUGUGGAGCUCCAUUGCCCACCAACUGUUCAACACACAAAAAUGAUACUCCAGAAGGAUAUACUGGCAAGGAUAUACUGAUGUGCAGUUUCUACUUAGGAGGCUUUGAAUUAUGAAGUCAAAUCAGUUUGGUGGAUGUUUAUCUUGUGUUUCCAAUGAUAAUAGUGUUUAUUGCUUCUGUUGCCAUGAAAUGUGAGUGUUUUCAAUCAGUUGUUGUGUGCUCUUGAGAGUUACUGGUGACUCAAUGAGGUUAUCUUGUUUAUGUUAUUUUGAUAAAUGAAAAUUGAUGUUCUGU